AUGGUGCCAUACAGACCUUUGAUAGGUGGUUUGGAAUCCUGCAAGUCCAGCUGGACCCUCCCCGGGACCCUGGACACAACCUCCCGCAGGUCCCUUUCUUCAGACUUGAGACAGUUGGAGUCUCUGACCAGGUAGGACAGGAGAGGGUACGCUUUGGAGCUGAGGCCUCAUUGGUGCCGCUGAUCUCAGAGACCAUCUGGACUCUUAGGACUCUAGGAAACCACCUCUGCCCACAAGGAGAUAACACUAAGGAAUGCAUCAGAAUGGAAUUACAGACACAACUGCACUAGCAGCUACCGCAGCCUUUCAGGGCACCCUGGGAGCUCGGUGUUACCCACUGCAGAUCCACCUGCACCACAGGGACAGUGUGGCUCAGUGCUUCCUGUCCACAGUGUGCUGCUGGGUGGACACCACCUGGAUGAAUGAGAGUCCGGUCCCUGUCCUGUCCUACCUUGAUGGGCCUGUUUUCCCCCAUGGUUUAGCCCUAGCACUAGGAAUAGCACACCACGCUCAAUAAACCCUCAUGCACUGAA